GCUGCUUCCUCGGGCCAUUUUGCUGAGGAGCGACGGGGAGGAGGAAUUGCUGAGGAGACCCAAGGCGAGGAGCGGCGAGCCGGAGGAGGCGGCGGCCGCGCGCGCACCGGGCUUUCCUCGAUUGCGGGGAUCUCAAGGGGCGAAGGGAAUCGCCGGGGAGGGGGACCGGAGAGCCGCGCCUGCCGCGCGGCGCGCCCCUUCCCGCCCCCUGCACCAUGAGCUGGGGCACCGAGCUCUGGGAUCAAUUUGACAACUUAGAAAAACACACACAGUGGGGAAUUGACAUUCUUGAGAAAUACAUCAAAUUUGUAAAGGAAAGGACAGAGAUCGAACUCAGCUAUGCAAAGCAACUCAGGAACCUCGCAAAGAAAUACCAACCUAAAAAGAACUCGAAGGAGGAAGAAGAAUACAGGUAUACGGCUUGUAAAGCUUUCCUUUCCACCCUGAACGAAAUGAAUGAUUACGCUGGGCAGCAUGAAGUUAUCUCCGAGAACAUGACCUCGAACAUCACUGUGGAGUUAGCCCGCUAUGUCCAGGAACUGAAGCAGGAGAGGAAAUCGCACUUCCACGAUGGGCGGAAGGCACAACAGCACAUAGAGAUCUGCUGGAAACAACUCGAAUCAAGUAAAAGACGAUUUGAACGGGACUGCAAAGAGGCGGACAGAGCACAGCAGUACUUCGAGAAGAUGGAUGCAGACAUCAAUGUCACCAAAGCAGAUGUUGAAAAGGCGCGACAGCAAGCUCAAGUACGUCACCAAAUGGCAGAGGACAGCAAAGCAGAUUACUCAUCAAUUCUCCAGAAAUUCAACCACGAGCAGCACGAAUAUUACCAUACUCACAUCCCCAACAUAUUUCAGAAAAUACAGGAGAUGGAGGAAAGGAGGAUAGCGCGAAUCGGGGACUCGAUGAAGACCUAUGCAGAGGUGGACCGGCAGGUGAUCCCAAUCAUUGGGAAAUGCUUGGAUGAAAUAGUAAAGGCAGCCGAAUCCAUCGAUCAGAAGAAUGAUUCCCAGCUGGUAAUAGAAGCUUAUAAGUCCGGGUUUGAGCCGCCCGGGGACAUUGAAUUUGAGGAUUACACUCAGCCGAUGAAACGCACUGUGUCAGAUAACAGCCUUUCAAAUUCCCGAGGAGAAGGCAAACCAGAGCUCAAGUUUGGUGGCAAAUCCAAAGGAAAGUUAUGGCCCUUCAUCAAAAAAAAUAAGCUUAUGUCCCUUUUAACAUCCCCCCAUCAGCCUCCCCCUCCUCCCCCUGCCUCUGCCUCACCCUCUGCUGUUCCCAACGGCCCCCAGUCUCCCAAGCAGCAAAAGGAACCCCUCUCCCAUCGCUUCAACGAGUUCAUGACCUCCAAACCCAAAAUCCACUGCUUCAGGAGCCUAAAGCGUGGGCUUUCUCUCAAGCUGGGCGCCACGCCAGAGGAUUUCAGCAACCUCCCGCCCGAGCAGAGAAGGAAAAAGCUGCAGCAGAAAGUCGAUGAAUUAAAUAAAGAAAUUCAAAAGGAGAUGGAUCAAAGAGAUGCCAUAACAAAAAUGAAAGAUGUUUACCUGAAGAAUCCUCAGAUGGGAGACCCAGCCAGUUUGGAUCACAAAUUAACCGAAGUCAGCCAAAAUAUAGAGAAACUGCGGCUAGAAUCCCAGAAAUUUGAGGCCUGGCUGGCGGAGGUGGAAGGCAGGCUGCCGGCGCGCAGCGAGCAGGCCCGCCGGCAGAGUGGAAUGUUCGACGCCCAGAACCCGGCCACGGUCAACAACUGUGCCCAGGACCGCGAGAGCAGCCCGGAUGGCAGUUACACGGAGGAGCAGAGUCAGGAGGGUGAGGUGAAGGUGCUGGCCACGGACUUCGACGAUGAGUUUGAUGAGGAGGAGCCCCUGCCCGCCAUCGGGACCUGCAAAGCCCUCUACACAUUCGAAGGUCAGAAUGAAGGGACCAUCUCCGUGGUUGAAGGAGAAACACUGUACGUGAUCGAGGAAGACAAAGGCGACGGGUGGACCCGCAUUCGGAGAAAUGAAGACGAAGAGGGUUAUGUCCCCACUUCGUACGUCGAAGUCUAUUUGGACAAAAAUGCCAAAGGUGCUAAGACUUAUAUUUAAUACAACUUAAAAAAAAAAAAAAACUGUAAAAAAAAAAAAUUGGAGUUGUCUCUCCCCACAACUAUGACUGUUCCCGGCGGUUCUUCCAAAGCGUGGCUGGAGGAUACCGGACCGGAGUGCCUGUUGUCACAUGGCCACGUGGUGGGCUUGUAGGCAUUCGACACCCGAAUUUCCAUGGCUAGUUUUGACUAUAAUCACGUUUCACUUGCUCAUGAAAUAUGACGCGGAAAGCUGCCAACUGCCAAUUUACAAUUCUGUCAUUUGAAAUCGGAUAAACAGUUCUUCUGGCAGUAUCUGUAGGUAUCCAAAAAAAAAAAAAGAAAGUUGCCUUCUAGCUUCUAAUCGCUAUUUCUGAAUUUAAAGGUCCACACACAUCAGAGGGGUGGGUAAGACUUCAGUUCUAUCUCCAGUUCUAUCUCGCAACUGCCGUAAAUGGAACCCCCUUAGAAAGUGUUACAUUUUGUAACUUAAUAACUUGAACUACGCUAGUUUGUUUAAUCUUACAAUCAUUUGCUUUGGAGGAAAUCAUAAAUAAAACCUCCCCCUCCUUGAGGAAAGAGUAAGACGAGUCCUAUAUUGGUACUAAACGUGUGUAUUUUUCCUUAAACGUGUUUAAGAUCAUUGGUAGAUCGCCAUGAUUAUCCUCUCCCCUCUGCACGAUCCCAGACAACCGACUGAAAUCUGGAAAAGCUUGGUUAACAAUUAACCAGUUGACUUUUACAGGAGACCACUGAGCUCCCCGCUGCCACUGACAGAGUCGAUCAGAUGCCCUGGUGCUGUUUCGAUCACUUACAAAAAACAGCGUUUCUGUUGGAGGUUUUGUGGCAAGUGGAGCUGUAUUCAGCUCACACUUCCCCAGGUGGGGCUAUAAAUAGCAGCAGCUGCUUCUACACGCAGACCCCAGCUCCUCACUUCACAGAGGUGUUUGGGGUUUUUGGUUUGUUUGUUUGCUUGUUUGUUUUUAAUCCUUGACAUCUUUAAGACCCAAAAUAUGAAUUUACUGAAAAUCGUUUUAUAUAAUGAACUAUAGCCAGACUAAAAUGAAGUAUUUCACCAUCUUGAAAGGGAUCUGGGUCACGUGGGGAUUUGCAUUUUUAAAUUGGCAACAUAGGUAAUGAAAUCGAUCACAUGCAUAGAGAUGGGUACCCAGCCCAAUGUGUGUGCCCAUUUCAAGAAUCUACCCUGAGGUCACGGAGAACCAGCUAUGAAUGGCUCACAAUAAAGGUGUCAAGUUCCAAUUUACUUUUUAUUUGGCUUUGAGAAUUAUUUAUUCAUGUCCUUCCUACUUUUAAAUAGGAAAUUAGCUCCUUGCUUUUACAUCGUGAGCUCCUUUUAUAAGCUCAAUUCAAAGCUGAUUCUACCAAAAAAAAAAAAAAAAGCCGAUUUAAAAAUCAACAGCUGCUUAUCAUCGGGGUGUGGCACCUGGCCAGAGUUAUAGGUGCUUGUUGUAGAUUCUAGCAGAAAGUUUGCUACAUUCCCCAAGGACCACCAAAAUGGAAUUUAGUAAAUGUUAAUGACAGCCUGAUUUUUAAAACACAUUUUAUUGUUAAAUAAUGACAGAUUGCCAGGAAGUUGUAAAGACAGUCCAGAGCCAUCCCGUGUACCCUUCAGCCGGUGUCCCCCCAGUGGUGACUUCUGACAUAAUGGUAGAAUAAUGCCCAAAGCAGGAAACUGACAUCAGUCCGCCUGCUUAUUAAAAUAUCAUUUUGUGAUUCAGAUUUCUCUUGCCUUGUUCUACCUUUGCUGAUGUAAUAUCGAUAAAGCCAUUCACGCUGGACCCCAGACCUCUCAGGAAAAUCAUUUCUGUUCCCCUUUUUAAAUAUUUGCCGCAAGUAACUCAGCGGGCCCUGAAACCACGGGGAUCCCUCUUCACGAGCUAGGGGACGUUACAGCACUAGGCACGGACCCAGGCGAACGGGGGACCUCAGAUAUUAAAACCAGAGCUUUCUGUCCGAUGAUGGGACUCAUUUCCAGCCUGUGAACUGCUACAGGAAGCAAACCAAACACUGAAAAAGUCUUAAAAUGGCCGAGACAACGUGAGCCUUUGGAAGCCUCCCUUGGAAAGUAUGGCAUUCCAUGACGUUGUUGUGGGUUUAUUUAGGUUUUUGUGUUUUUUGGUUUUUUCUUAACAGUUGUGCAAAUUUGAUUCAGAAAAAUGGCUCAGUUGGUUUAUGGGGGGCGGGGGGGCGUGUAUGGGUUUGGGCGUGUAAUUGAAUGCUCAUGAUUUUAAGUUGUGUGCCUCAGGCCCUUAGCACAGGCAGCUGCGGAGGAGGGACAGAACAAGUGUGCCUUGGUGCCCGCCGGUCAAUGCACCAAGUAUCAGGAGAGGUCCUGAAACCAUUCCCAAAGAAUCAGAAUUCCCAUUUCUGCCCAGAGCAUACUCUGUUUUUUUCUACCCUCCCCCGACCCCCGGUUAUCUGCUAAAAUGAAAGAAGUCAAGUCUCGGCUUGUGGGUAAAGUUUUCUCCUUUUAUUUUAGAGACACAUUUAGAGAUUACUCGUGUAUGCGUAGAAACCUGUCUUCCCCACCUGGUUUCUCAAUCUGCUCGGCACCCCCAAGAACACUGCCCCCCCAAACCCCUCCCAGCCCGCGGGGAACUCAAAGCAGCUGUUCUGUGCCCGUGCACACGUGUGUGUGUGUGUGUGUGUUUGUGUUGUCGUCUACAAUGUGACUAUUUAAUAAUUGCCAAAAUAUUUAGACUAGAGGAACGUCCAAUGGGUCUGUUGGAUUGUGACUGUCUUUUAUGGUUCAGUUUGGUUUUUUAAAUUGCUUUCUGUUAAAUAUGUCCGUAAUCCCCCCACCCCCCCACCCCCCCACCCCCCAUCUAUUUGUAUAUACUGCCAUUUAAAAACUAAAAGGAUGACUUGAAUUCGUUGUUUUAACGUUUGACUCUUUUGUCUGUUUGUUUUAUUGGUGCUUCUGCUGCCUAAUGACCAUUUUUGUUUUUGUACCCGCGGGGGAAGCCGGAAGGACUAGGUCCCCUGCCGGCCACUCCAGACUUGAGUUUAUUGUAGACACUUGUGUUCUGAGUAAGUUUUGUUCCAGUAUGGCCAACAUGAUUGUCUCUCUCUCUUCUCACCCUGAAAGAAAAGAAUCUGUCUGGCUCCUCUUAGUUGUACCCUCGUAUCUGCCUCUCUAAUAAACGUAUUUUUCUCA